GCCGUAACACAUCGGUUACAACCAAACCUCCCUCCCCCUCCCCCUAAAGAAUAAACCCCGGUUGUAUCGCCGUUCACAUUCGGUGAAACGAAAAAAAGCAGAAUCGCCUCUUUUUCAUUUUUUGCAGCUGCUCUUCUUUUCUUGUUUGUUUGUUCUUUCGCAAGUUCGUUUUACCGCAGUAUAUUCACGCGUGCGGGUUUUAGCUAUCGGGACCACUUCGACGGAAUCUCUUCUCUUUUUCUUUCUGUACACACACACACACACACAAACAUCAAUAAGAAGAAUAAUAGUUUGCUACAUUUCCUGCUGCUGAGUUUUACGUCACCUUUCGUAUUACACGAUGCCGGUGUCUGUCUCGAUGCACGCCUGCUCGGUGUGGCCGAUGACGGUUGAUUUCACCGUCUUUCGGUUCUUUUUGCAAGGCUACUCCGUGGAGGAAACGGUCGAGCAGCUAAUGGCGCUGCAGAACGUCGCGCCCGAAGACGCAUGUGCAAAGCGGCGCACUUCCUCUGCCUCCUCGUCCUUGUCGUCGUCCUCGACCGCCUCCACGGCGACGUCGUCGUCGUCGAGACUGUCGGUGCACUCACCCGAUCACUUCUCUGGAUCUGGCUCACCUGGCAACUCGCCACCGGCGGCCGUCCUCGCGCGAGGUCUGCCGGGGAGCAGACGCAACUCCGCAGGUCACAGGCAGGAUGCCCAACGCAGCUCGCCCGACACGAGCACUGGCGCUGCGGACGCCACCUCGUCCACCAGCAACGCCUUCCGCGCCAGCGAGUCGGAGCUACUGCGCGAGGACAAGCGCGUGACGCUGGAGGAGGAGCACCCAGAGGAACUGACGCUCACGCCGGGCAACGCUUCGCCAUACCGGCCGACGGCCCCCGCACCCGUCACGACGGCCGUGCACACGAGCACCAACGCCGCACGACCGCCGCACUCCACCGAACCUGCUGCGCGCAGCCGUUACACCCACGCCAGUGGCCAAGAGAAUAGCCAACCCGAGAAAGCUUCUCAGCCACCACUGCCACUCCCCUCGACGCCCCACGUUCAUCGUCCCCGUCAUCAGCACAGUCUUCGUCCGCACAACCCCACCCACGAGCCCCCCUCACACCACAAUCACCACGAUAGAAGAAAGAAAAAGUCUCGCCACUUCGACGCCACGCGAAAUUCGUCCGUGCAGCAAACGACGUCGAUAUCUGCCACAACUACCGCCGCCACGUCCUUCGUCCUGCCCCCAAUGUGGAACUGCGACUGCAACGCCACCCCACACAACAGCAGCUUGCUGCAGCACACACACCACAACAGCGGCGUGCCCUCGACGGAGGACCUCACGACGGCUGUUGAUAGCGCCACGGCGAAGGACAACGGCGCCUCCUACAAUAACAAUAACAAUGCGACCUUCACCGUCCCGGGCGGCGACAAGAACUCGUUGUCAGAGAACCGUCGCGCGGCUCGACGGAAGAGACACAAGGAGCGGCAGUGCUUCUUCUUAAAUGAGGAUUACGUUAAAUUUCAGCGUCAGCUGCAGGAAGUUGAGGCGGUCCCCGGGGUCGGUAUGGGCGCCUCGUCUUUGCAGAGUCGUUUCCUUUUUGAAGAGGUGACGGAGCAGUUCCAGACUUUUCGCGAGCUGGCCCGCGAGGAGCAGCUCGGCUCGCCCUACGCUUUUCUUUCGAACUACUACCUUCCCAUCCCUAUCGCCGCGCGUCUUGAGCUGUUGCAGACGUACUACGAAACGGACCCCGGCGUGUUUCGGUGGGCCUUUGGGGACAAGCUGACCCGCUUUGACUUGCCGGGUGCCUUGGCCGCCGUGCGCGAGGCGUACAUGAGCGGCAACCUGUCCUCCCCCAACUUGAACAAAUCUCUGUUCGGCACCAGUAGUGGCAGCGGUAACCUCUUUGGAGCCAAUGGCGGUGCCGCUGCCCACGGACGCGGCGGCAGCAGCAGCGGUGGUGGUGGCGGAGGGUCGUUUUGGUCGGGUCGGUGGAAGAGCUCCCCCGGUAAGCUGGCCACGAUGGACGCGGCGACGGUGGUGCGGCUGGGCGAGCAGCACACCGACGCGCUGCGCCGUCAGUGGGAAAACGUGAAGCACGUCUGCGUAACCGUCGCCGCUCUCUACUGCGGUAAAGGCGGGAUGUGCGUACCGCUCGAUAUGUCGCUGCUCACCACUAUUCAGCAGUGCUUCGGGCUGCGUCAUGAGCAGGCGCUGGACUACGCGACGGCCGCCUUUGGCUACGAGCACCGCCUCGAGACGCGCCUCUUCGACCGCCUCCACUCCUUCAGCGAGUACGGCGCCGUCUGCUCCAUCGUGGCGUCCGUGUGGUGUGAUGAGUCUGGCUACUUUCUGAGUGAGUCCUUCCGCACGGGCUGCCGGCGUGUGGGUCGCCUACUGGACGAGUACCGACUCCUCUCGGAGUUGCAUUCCUGCAUCUUCGGGGAAUCGAUGCGGCCGCGCUGGCAGGUGCAGCUGGACGAGGUGCAGCGCGUCAUCACGACGUCGUCGCUGGUGGACAAGAACACGGUGGCGUCCGCGACGGCGGUUGCGGGCAGCCCCGUGGCAUCCGGCACGAACCUCGCAGGUCUCUCCGCUGGAGCGAACAGCAACAACAACGGGUCCGGCUUUGCUGGUGGACGCGGAGGCGCCAACGCGUGUGGGGGGAGCCCCAGCGGUGCGAUCGGGGGCGGGGGUUACAACACGGGCCUGAGCGGCGGCGGCGGCGUCAAUGGAAAUGGCGGUGGCAACGCGGGAGGCGGCGACGGGGGUGGUGUCUCGCCCGGCGUGACACCAACGAACGCAAACGUGCACUCGCCCUUCAGCGGCAACGGGCAGUACAGCCGUCGAUUCCUGAUGGAGUUCCCGUCGCUGAUGAAGCACCUCCUGCGCGUCUGCAUCGCCCUCGGCAACAACGGCGGCGUCAACGACGCCCUCGACAUCUUCUUUACCCGCGUGUAUUGUUAUUUGGAAGCGCUCAGCACCCGCGGUGCGCCUGUGAUUGUGUCGAUGCUGAUGAACGCGUCGGGACCUGCCAGGCUUGCCGCCGCAGGGCUGACGAGCAACCACGACUCCGUCGGGGGGAGUGGGGCUGCUGCGCCGAGUGCUGCGCCUGGUGCCUUUGGCAAGCCGCCGCUGCCGCCGGUCGCGGAGCGGGCCGGCAGCCACUCCGACUUCGGUCAUGCUGGUGCCCGACUGGAGAGGGGGACGAGCACCACCGCAUUACCUGCACCGUGGCCGUCAGAUUCGCCCAGCUUGGUGCGCGCAAACAGCGCCCAUACCAUCCGUGCCUCUGCAAUGCCUCCCAGAUCGAUGUCCUCCCCGACCCUCUCUGGAGAGAUGGGUGGUGAAGGUCGACAAGGGCUGGCGGCGACCACCAUGACCGACACGCUACCGCCGGCCGGUGCGACGUACACGAGCGGUGCAGAGGACGUCCUCGUCGCCGACGCCGCCGACACCGUCGUGAACACCUCCCUCUACCACCCGGCCAGGGCCCUCAUCCCGCUGUCGGCCGCCAUCGCCGUGCACAACGCGUGCAACGCCGCCGGCAGCUUCGCAUCCUCACCGGUCACGGCGAUGCCGAGUGGACGCAGCUUCGGCGCUGAGGACGAGUCAUCGGAGUGGAAUGCGGCCGCAGCGGGAUCGGUGAACAACAGCAGUACAAACCCUGCAGCUGCUGUGGUGACUCCCAGGUCAAACAAUCCGUCCUUUUUCGGCCCUGGCGGCAACGGUGGUGGUGGGGUUGGUGCUGCCCACUCUCUCCUCACGUCUCAAGUAGGUGACAUGGUGCGCAAGGCGAUCGACAAGCGCUAUCUGAGAGAGUUGUGCAUGUUGCUUACAGCCCUGCCGAAGGCUUGGCGGCAGCUGACGAUGCUGAACGCAGAGGACCGCGCGAUGACGGACAAGACGGUGAGCGACUUGGCGAUGGCGCUCAAGGCAAUCACGCAGGUUCUGAUGGCGUCGGACGACUUUCAUUGA